UGUAGAUCUUUCUCUUCUUCUUCUUCUUCUUGGUCUUCUUAUUCUUCUUCUUCUUCUUCUUCUUCCUCUCCUCAUCAUCAUCAUAAUUAUAAUCUUUUCCAAAACCUAGCUAGAGAGAGAGAGAGAGAGAGGAGGGGGGAGGGGGGGUGCGGCAGGCAGUAGAAAUUAAUGAAAGUAAGUUUCUUGGUGAAUUAUAAUUGCAAGGAAGCUAGGUAGGAGGAGGUGUAUGGCAAUUGCAGCAACAAUGAGCAGCAGCAGCCAGCAAGAUGAUCCCAGCCUCAGUAAAGAUGAUGAUGUUAUUGAUCAGCAUGAGCACGACACGGUGAUGCCCGGCUUUCGAUUCCAUCCCACUGAGGAAGAACUCAUCGACUUCUACCUUCGCCGUAAGGUAGAGGGCAAGCGAUUCAACGUUGAACUCAUCACUUUCCUCGACCUCUAUCGCUAUGACCCUUGGGAACUUCCCGCCAUGGCGGCAAUUGGGGAGAAGGAGUGGUUCUUCUACGUGCCCAGAGACAGGAAGUAUCGAAACGGGGAUCGGCCGAACCGGGUGACGACGUCCGGGUACUGGAAGGCAACCGGAGCUGAUAGGACGAUAAGGGGCGAGAAUUCAAGGUCAAUUGGGCUGAAGAAGACCCUUGUUUUCUACUCCGGCAAGGCUCCCAAAGGCAUCCGGACCAGCUGGAUCAUGAACGAAUAUCGCCUCCCGCACCAUGAAACCGAAAGAUUACAGAAGGCAGAAAUUUCGCUGUGUCGAGUCUACAAGAGACCAGGGGUGGAGGAUCAUCAUCAUCUGUCGCUGCCUCGCUCGCUCCUGACGAGGGCAUCGUCAUCCAAGACCACCCAGAUGGACAAGAUGAAGAAUGCUGCGACCAGCCAAGCCACCAUGGAAAGAUCAUUCCAAGCUCUUGGAGGGCCUAAUAACUCUCAGGUGGCCGAUGAUCGGUCGACUGAGAAAAUGAGUGAAACGAGUGGAAGCAGCAGCACAGAUGUUGGGCUCUCCAAGCACAAUUAUAAUUCUUACAUGGAAAUGGCACCAAUGGCUUCCAUGGAGCAACAAUCCAAGCAAUUACUGAUCCCCAAUUGCACCACAGUGUUUACUGGAACAAACCCUAAUUUCAAUUUGGUGCCACAGAAUUAUAACUACAACUCUGUGGAUGAGCUCCACAGGCUGGUAAGCUACCAUCAGCAGCAAGGUAACUCAAUCCACCAUCAUUAUCAUCAUCAGCAGCAGCAGCAGCAUUUCUACUACAAUCCCAGCUCCCAGUUCUCCACUCUGCAGCCACAGCCACAGCCACAGCCACUGCCGCAAGGCGCGCUUCAGGCUGCCUUCUUGGACAGUCGAUUAUGGGACUGGAGCGCGAUCGAUGAGGGUAACAAAGACUACACCAGCCCUUUCAAGUAAUUAUAUAUAUAUAUAUAUAUCUAGCUAGCUAGAUAUAUGAAGUGGAUAUAUAUAUAUAUGACAUACUAAUUAGAUGCAUAUAUAUAUUUAUUUAUCUGAUUAAUGCUGAUUUAGUUAAGCUCUUUUCUACCCUGGUAUUGUUGUUAAGAAGCUGGUCUUCCAGUCAUUGGUAUUGCAGAUUAAUAAUUUGUUGCUGUAUUAGGGUUUAGGAUUUUGGUGGGCUGAUGAGUAAGUCUUGCUCUCCAGCUUAAUUAGUUCUUAAUCAAUGGGUCUGCUAUACUGUUUAUGAGAACUUGCUGCUUCGUUUCAAUUAAUUAAUGUCAACGUUUCAGGAUUCAAAUUAGGCUUC